AUUUGGAGAAAUGGAACAACAACAACAUUAUAGAAGAAUGGUUAUAUUGGGAGAAAAUGAAAGAGUCACUAUUGAAUUGUUUUAUCCUAUUAUCAACGGUUUUUAUGAAAUGAUUCCUACUAUUCCUGUUAAUAGAAACAUCAUUUUCUCACAUAUGUGUAUCCAAGAUGGUCGCUAUUUUCUUUUUGAAAGCAACAACAACGAGUUUCUUCUUAGAAUAAAAACUCAAGAUAUCAUACCAAUUUAUGGUCAAGGUGGCCACUACGUUAUUGGAGAAAAUAACAUCAAUCAACUUAAUCAAAUUCCAACACAAAGAACAAAUGUCGAAGCUACCCGAUGCUCUGUUAAGAAUCUUGAAAGAAUUACAAUUGACCAGAGUCUUGAAAGAAUUACAAUUGAUGAAGAAAUUACUGCUGAUAAUUUAACAUGUUCCAUAUGCCUUGAGGAGUUUUUACUUGGAUCGGAAGCAAUUCGUUUGUCUAGUACAUGUUCACACAUUUAUCAUCAAAAUUGUAUUAUAAGGUGGCUCAUUAGAUCAAACACAUGUCCUUUGUGCCGUAGACCUAUCUCAUGUAUUCUCUUGUUUUCUUAAUAGAAAGUUUUCUUUUUAUUAUAUUUGA